AUGGGCUACCAGCUGGACCUGGACCGGUCCUGCUUGAUCACGGCGUCCGAUGUGGAUAUCCCCAUCGACUCCGUCACCGGCCUCCCCGUGGUGUGCCAGUGGUUCUGCGACUCAUGUUCCUCGACGGUCACCGGCGUCGUAGCCGCGACGGCCGGCAGGCGGCAGCAGCGGAGGUUGGCCGUUGCUGCUGGGUUGUCGACGCCAAAGAGUAAGAAGGGGAAAAAGGGAAAGCACGCACCCACACGGAAGACAGAGCGAUGACAACGGCUGGCGGAGAGCGGGGGAGAGGCGACGUUUUGAUUUUGUUCUCUCGGCGAUGGAUCGGGCACAUGCGCCGGACUGGAUUAAUCCUCAGCCAUGGGCAAGCAGCAGUUGUUUGCUUCACAAACCAAACCGGCCCGUAGGAAACACGAGGGGGGAGGGAGGGGGGGGGGGUCCGUGUUCUACUGUAUCCUUAAUUAUUGGAGAAAAAAAAACACCGAAGACAAAAGGGGGUAAUUCCCCGCUCCUUUUUAUCUACGGCUCUCCGUGGCUGGGCGUUGAGCGGCGGCGAGCAAGACCACGGAAAACAGAACGCGAUCGAUCGAGAACCGAGUCUCGUUACCACGGAAGGCCGACGCUCACGCCUCGUACCAUCAACCCGAGAUAGAAAGACGGAGGGUGUCCAGCCGCAGCGGACAGAAAAUUUGGUUACGCACACGGGGGUCGCCGCAUCUCUACCACGUCUCCACCCGCCUACCGCAGCAAUGCCGCGUGAGCGCGUAGGCUAUGUAGGCCGCGCCUUCCUUCACGGGUAGACCUUUGCUCACUCGCGCCGCCUAUUUUUUUCUUCUCGGGUGUUGCGGAGGAUGGCGGGAGCACCCCAGUGUUCCCUCACAUCGUCGGGGGUGGUUGUUCUUUGGGUUCGCUGCAUUCAGUGGAUAUUUGUUGGUAAUGAAGUAAGCCUCGGACAAGAGGAGCGUUGUGUUUCAGGUCCUCUAGGUCUCUACUGCUGGGUGCAUGUGGUUCUGUAUAACUACGUAAGAUACCUGUGUGCUGGGUUCCUCGCACUUAUUGGUGUUCAGGUUGGCCGUGAUUUGCUCUCGCGCCGGGGUUUACUCUUGUGAAGGAGACAAACCUGGCGUUGAUGCCGCCGCGAUGAAAGCGCGUGGCACAAACGCGUGAAAGACAUGGGAGGUUGUCGAGGAUUACCAGGUGUAAGCAAGUCCCUCUCCUGCCUUCGUACCGGAAGGAGGAUGCUCUCCUCUCCUCGGCGUGUAUACUUGUAGGCGUUAAGCCAAGAGUCGAGGUUUCCCCGGUUCAGGCGUUUCGUUUGGCGGCACUCGCUCUCCUCUCUUGUGCACAUAAAUAGCAGCGCCAGAAAGACAUAAAAGUGCCCGUCCUAUUGGCCGAAACGCCUUGGGUGUGGGGUGCCAUCAGCCAUGGUGUCUAGACGUGGCAUUCUCCGUUGUAUAAGGAUCCGACCCAGCUUGGUGAAGGUGGUCACCACAAGAGUAUCGAAACUGUACCUUGUCGGGGCGAGUUCGUAUUAUUAGCCGCUGCCUUUUGUAUAACGGCGUGCUGUCGUGGUCAUGUUGAGGGGAAGUUGCACGUAUACAUAGCCGGUCGUCGGUUGGCCCCGGGCGUGUGCUGUCGUGAGACUCUAGGGCGGGGAGGUCUGUUGCCUCGGUUGUGAAGUGGGCGUAACCUCAGGGCCUCCUUGACGGCUUCGGCGGGGAACUCGAGUCCCGGAGGAGGGGGGUGUCGGUGUUUCACGCCCAGGCCUCCUGUUGUUGUCAGGGCGCUUGUUCGGAAGUGCA